ACCAGCCAGUUCCCUCCAGCUGCAGAGAGCUUCAGUUUGUCUUUUUUUAAAACUAAAAUGGAGGCUGGUUUCUUGCCUUAAGGGGUACACCGCCUUUCCCGCUGGAGCCUAGAUGUUGACAUGUAAUAAGGCGGGCAGCGGGAUGGUGGUGGAUGCGGCCAACUCCAACGGGCCUUUCCAGCCCGUGGCCCUGCUCCAUAUCCGAGAUGUUCCUCCUGCGGAUCAAGAGAAGCUCUUUACCCAGAAGUUACGUCAGUGCUGCGUCCUCUUUGACUUUGUUUCUGACCCACUGAGUGACCUCAAGUGGAAGGAAGUGAAACGGGCUGCUCUAAGUGAGAUGGUGGAGUACAUCACCCACAACCGGAAUGUGAUCACGGAGCCCAUCUACCCAGAGGUGGUCCACAUGUUCGCAGUUAACAUGUUUCGGACCUUGCCACCUUCCUCCAACCCUACGGGAGCAGAAUUUGACCCUGAGGAAGACGAACCAACGUUAGAAGCAGCCUGGCCUCAUCUACAGCUUGUCUAUGAAUUUUUCUUAAGAUUUUUAGAGUCUCCAGAUUUCCAGCCUAACACAGCGAAGAAAUACAUCGACCAGAGGUUUGUGCUGCAGCUUCUAGAGCUUUUUGACAGUGAGGAUCCUCGGGAGAGAGAUUUUCUCAAAACCACCCUUCACAGAAUCUAUGGGAAGUUCCUAGGCCUGAGAGCAUACAUCAGGAAACAGAUAAAUAACAUAUUUUAUAGGUUUAUUUAUGAAACAGAGCAUCACAAUGGCAUAGCAGAAUUACUGGAGAUACUGGGAAGUAUAAUUAAUGGAUUUGCCUUACCACUAAAAGAAGAGCACAAGAUUUUCUUAUUGAAGGUGUUACUGCCUUUGCACAAGGUGAAAUCCCUGAGUGUCUACCAUCCCCAGCUGGCGUACUGUGUUGUGCAGUUUCUGGAGAAGGACAGCACCCUCACUGAGCCAGUGGUCAUGGCACUUCUCAAAUACUGGCCAAAGACUCACAGUCCAAAAGAAGUAAUGUUCCUAAAUGAAUUAGAAGAAAUUUUAGAUGUGAUCGAGCCCUCCGAAUUCGUGAAGAUCAUGGAACCUCUCUUCCGGCAGCUAGCCAAGUGUGUUUCCAGCCCACACUUCCAGGUGGCCGAGCGGGCGCUGUAUUACUGGAACAACGAGUACAUUAUGAGCUUAAUCAGCGACAACGCAGCGAAGAUCCUGCCCAUCAUGUUUCCAUCCCUGUACCGCAACUCCAAGACCCACUGGAACAAGACAAUACAUGGCUUGAUAUACAACGCCCUGAAACUCUUCAUGGAAAUGAACCAAAAACUAUUUGAUGACUGCACCCAGCAGUUUAAAGCAGAAAAACUUAAAGAGAAGCUAAAAAUGAAAGAGCGAGAAGAAGCAUGGGUUAAAAUAGAAAAUCUAGCCAAAGCGAAUCCCCAGUACACAGUGUAUAGUCAAGCCAGCACCAUGAGCUUGCCAGCGGCAAUGGAGACAGAGGGGCCUCUGUCAGAAGAUGUGCAGAUGCUGAGAAAGACAGUGAGCGCCGAGGCUCAUCAGUUGGUCGGGAGGAAAGCAAUGUCGACCACGCAAGUGAGGAAGGUGUAGGAGCGAAGGUGGGCAGCGCAGGCACAGAAAGAUCCGAAGAAGGACCGUCCUCUUGCGCGCCGCAAGUCCGAGCUGCCUCAGGACCCCCACACCAAGAAAGCCUUGGAAGCUCACUGCAGAGCCGACGAGCUGGCCUCGCAGGAUGGGCGCAGCCUCUGAGCGCGGCGGCCGGGCCUGCUGGCGCUCUCCUGGUUCUGUAGAAAGUCCAUACUGUUUGUGCCAUACCAUCAUACGUCAGAGCCCAAGCUUCCUCCAGCCCGUUCUGUAGGCAAUAACGUGUGUCGCCUCCGCUCAGAUAGGAGUUCAAACAAUGGUGGCUUCUCACUGUGUCAUCAGCACCCAGCACAGCCCACGUAAGACAGUUUCACAAGGCCAGAGUUCUGGAAAGCCCCCGUCUGGCCAUCCCGUCCUGCUCUACCCACACGGAAGGUGUGGCCUCUAACAUAGGCGGCUCUAGGGUGAGAGCAACGUUUUUCAAAUCAGAGGAACAGUUUUCAAACGGAUUGCCUAUUUUUUAAGACUUUACAACAUUUGAAAUUGUUUCCACAUGAUUGUUAUGCCUGCGGUUUUUGUUUAAUCUCACAGAAAUGGGUCUUUGCUUUCACGUUGUCACAGCCUUCUGGGGAAGUGACGUGACAAUCAGCACCCGCUGCACCCUCGAGGAGCCCUUACCGUGAUUAGUGGUGUGUGCGCCCUGUCCUGCUUCUCGCAUCUACCGAAAGCCAUAUUUCCAGGUCUGCGGCACCGCACCAGGAUUCCAAGAGUAAAGCUCCCGGAAGGGGUUGGUUUCACAAAGCUUUCCCUGUCUACCUUGGCUGGAAUUGGAGUUGUAAAAUUACGUGUUCGUAUUUUUAUUCAGAGAAUCAACUUUCACCUACUUACACUGUUGCCCUUCAACAAGGCUUCUAAAAUAAUUAAAGUAUAGUCUUAAGAAUUCCUCAUUUUGUAGAAGGGCAGGGCGAGA